UGUAAGAAAAAUGGUAAAAAAAUUUCUUCAGAAGAAGCAACAAAGCAAACAUAACAAAAAGCCAAAUUUUUAGUUUCAAAAUCCAAACUCGGUUGCAUUGAAAGAAACAAUAUACAUGCCUUUUAUUCUAUGUGUUUAUUAGUUUCGAAGGUGAUAACAAUGGAGUGUGUCGGAGCUCGGAACUUCGCGGCAAUGGCGGUUCCUACACGUGCCUUUUGGAAAGCAAAUCUGAUGAGGACUAAAACAGCGAUUCCAAGUCAUAAUCGGCUUAUUUCCUUAAAGGUGAGAGCUAGUGGAGCAAGGAGCGAGAGUUGCGUUGCGGUUAAAGAAGAUUUCGCCGACGAAGAAGAUUUCAUAAAGGCCGGUGGCUCUGAGAUUCUCUUUGUUCAAAUGCAACAAAAUAAAGAAAUGGAUAAACAGUCGAAAUUAGCGGAUAAGUUACCGCCCAUAUCAACUGGGGAAAACGUAUUGGACCUGGUAGUUAUUGGUUGUGGUCCGGCUGGUCUUGCUCUUGCUGCAGAGUCUGCUAAGUUGGGUUUAAAUGUUGGACUAAUUGGCCCUGAUCUUCCUUUUACCAAUAAUUAUGGAGUAUGGGAAGAUGAGUUUAAAGAUCUUGGCCUUGAAAGAUGUAUUGAGCAUGUUUGGCGGGACACCAUAGUAUACCUUGAUGAUGAUAAGCCUAUUAUGAUUGGUCGUGCUUAUGGACGUGUUAGUCGAUACUUGCUCCAUGAGGAGUUGUUGAGGAGGUGUAUCGAGUCCGGUGUAAUGUAUCUUAACUCGAAGGUAGAGACGAUUGUUGAAGCUACCGAUGGUCAUAAUCUUGUAGUUUGUGAACACAAUCGUGUCGUUCCUUGCUGGCUUGCUACUGUUGCUUCAGGAGCAGCUUCAGGUAAACUGUUGCAAUAUGAGGUAGGGGGUCCAAGGGUCUCUGUUCAAACAGCUUAUGGCGUCGAGGUUGAGGUGGAGAACAAUCCUUAUGAUCCAAGCCUGAUGGUUUUCAUGGAUUACAGAGACUAUGCUAAACAAGAAGUUCAAUCUUUAGAAGCACAAUAUCCAACAUUUCUUUAUGCCAUGCCCAUGUCUUCAACAAGAGUUUUUUUUGAGGAAACUUGUUUGGCCUCAAAAGAUGCCAUGCCUUUUGAUUUAUUAAAGAAGAAGCUCAUGUCAAGGUUAGAGAGCAUGGGAAUCCGGAUUUUAAAAGUUUAUGAAGAGGAGUGGUCUUACAUCCCAGUUGGUGGUUCCUUGCCAAACACAGAGCAGAAGAACCUUGCAUUUGGUGCUGCAGCAAGCAUGGUGCAUCCAGCUACUGGUUAUUCGGUUGUCAGAUCAUUGUCAGAGGCUCCAAAUUAUGCUUCUGUAAUUGCAAAUAUCCUAAAGAAGGAUAAUUCUAAUGGCUUGCUUACCAGUGAAAGAAAUAAUGGGAAUAUCUCAAUGCAAGCUUGGGAUACUCUUUGGCCACAAGAAAGGAAACGCCAGAGGUCAUUCUUUCUCUUUGGGCUAGCACUCAUACUGCAACUAGAUAUUGAAGGCAUUCGAACAUUCUUCCAUACAUUCUUCCGUUUGCCAAGUUGGAUGUGGCAAGGAUUUCUUGGUUCUAAUCUUUCCUCUGCCGAUCUCAUUCUGUUUGCCUUUUAUAUGUUUGUCAUAGCACCAAACGAUAUGAGAAUGUCCCUUGUCAGGCACUUAAUCUCAGAUCCAACUGGAGCAACUAUGAUAAGAACAUAUCUCACAAUAUAGAUGGUAUCUUUUGUAUUUCCUCCCUUGUUUGGUUGUAUUUUUCAAUUGCUUUUCAAGCAAUAUUAUGAGGAGCCUAUCUACCAUGAAAAUAAGUAGGCAUUGUAUAUUCAAAUGUUUGCAUGUAAAUCUUCUUUAGUUAAAUAUGGUGCGUAUUUUUCUUCCAAAUUUUGAGCCUAUGAUUAUGUACAUAUUUUUUGACCAAAUAAACACGAGUUGCGUUUAA